GAGGUGCACCGCGAACGCGAAGCAGAAACAGAUCAGACAGCAGGUCGGUCGAUGAGCUGGGAUACAAAGUACCGGCUGUAGAAAAAAUUAUUAAAUAAAAAAAAAUUUGGAAGAAGUCGACGUGAACGGUUGGUUUUCGCUGGCGGUUUGUUUUCCGGUGGACUAACGUUUCGGGAAGUUUUUAUUUUAUUUUAAUUUUUAUCCAGCGGAACGGACGCUGACUGAGGCUCCGUAACGCUGUUCACAAUGUCGGGGAGCAGGGAGGAGGAGAGGAGGAAACUGGCCGACAUCAUCAACCACUGGAACGCCAACCGGCUCGACCUGUUCGAGAUCAGCCAGCCCACGGAGGACCUGGAGUUCCAUGGCGUGAUGCGGUUCUACUUCCAGGACCGGGUGGCCGGGAACUUUGCCACAAAGUGCAUCCGGGUCUCCAGCACGGCGACGACGCAGGACGUCAUCGAGACGUUGGCGGAGAAGUUCAGGCCGGACAUGAGGAUGCUGUCGUCGCCCAAGUACUCGCUGUACGAGGUCCACGUCAGCGGCGAAGAGCGCCAGCUGGACCUGGACGAGAAGCCGCUGGUGGUUCAGCUCAACUGGAACAAAGAUGACAGGGAGGGACGCUUCGUCCUGAAGAACGAGAACGACGUCCUGCCCAAGAAGAGUCAGAGUAACGGACCGGAGAAGGAGAAAGACGGAGUGAUACAGAACUUCAAAAGGACUUUGUCCAAGAAGGAGAAGAAGGAGAAGAAGAAGAGGGAGAAAGAGUUUGCUCGGAUCCCAGACGGAGAUGAACAGAUUCUGAGCCGCGAGGACGGGGAGAAUAACCGUCUGGCGGCGGAGGUUUAUAAGGACAUGCCAGAAACCAGCUUCACCAGGACGAUCUCCAACCCGGAGGUGGUGAUGAAGAGGAGGCGGCAGCAGAAACUGGAGAAACGGAUGCAGGAGUUCAUGAGCAGCGAUGGAAGGCCAGAGUCGGGGGGAACUUUGAAGAUUUACGCUGACAGCCUGAAGCCCAACAUCCCCUACAAGACCAUCCUGAUGUCCACCAGAGACACGGCCGACUUCGCUGUGGUGGAGGCGCUGGAGAAGUACGGGCUGGAGAAGGAGAACCCCAGGGAGUACUGCAUAGCCCGGCAGGAAGAAAAGACGGGUAAAGAGGUGAUCCUGGAUGAUCUGGACUGUCCUCUGCAGAUCCUCAGGGACUGGCCUGCAGACAGAGGAGCGAUGGUGUUCCAGCUGAAGAAGAGACCUCCGGAUUACCAGCCCAGGAAGGGGAGGAAGGACGACAAGGGGCUAAGAGGGAAAGAUGGCUCCAUGCCGCCGGAGAAACUGCCUUAUCUGGUGGAGCUGAGUCCAGGCCGAGGGAAUCACUAUGCCUACUACGCCUAUCGGCACCAAGAAGACGGCUCCGACUCCAGAGACAAACCGAAGCUGUAUCGGCUUCAGCACAGCAUCACCGAGGUCGGUUCGGAUUGCACCGAGGACGGGGCCAUCCAGCUGCUCGGCCCUGGGAUCCUGCCCCACCACUGCAACCUGAUGCACAGCGAAGGCAUGGUGACGGUGACGCCGCACGGCCACGACGCCGACACCUUCGUGGACGGCCAGCACAUCACGGAGACCACGGUGCUGCGAUCCGGAUCCACACUGCAGUUUGGCUCUGCGCACGUCUUCAAGUUCGUGGAUCCCAUGGUCGACCAGGGAGGGAAGAGGGACCCGAACGCCGCCAUGAGGAGCCGACACAAAUCCGGGAGCGUACCAGAGACAACCUUUGACCUCCGCGGAGACGUCCUCAGUGGAGCGCCCCUGCCCACCAGCAAGAGCUCAGGGAAACUGGAGAUGGAGAGAGGCAUGGUGAAACCCAUGAUCCGAGGAGAGCAGCAGGACAGCAGAUCCCAGGAUCUUUCUGCAGACAGGACGGAGCUGACUCUUCCAGCUAGCAUCGACUUCAGAGAAAACUCGGAGGACACCUUCCUGUCGGCCAUCAUCAACUACACCAACAGCUCCACGGUCCACUUCAAGCUGUCGCCCACCUAUGUCCUGUACAUGGCCUGCCGCUACGUCCUGUCGCCCACGUACCGGCCCGACAUGUCCCCGUCGGAGAGGACGCAUAAAGUCAUCGCCAUCGUCAACAAGAUGGUGAGCAUGAUGGAAGGCGUCAUCCAGGAGAUUGCUGAAGGGGAUCAGAAACAAAAGAACAUCGCGGGAGCGCUGGCUUUCUGGAUGGCCAACGCCUCCGAGCUGCUGAACUUCGUCAAGCAGGACCGGGACCUGAGCCGCGUCACGCUGGAUGCGCAGGACAUCCUGGCCCACCUCGUCCAGAUGGCCUUCAAGUACCUGGUCCACUGCCUGCAGGCGGAUCUGAAUAACUACAUGCCCGCCUUCCUGGACGACCCAGAGGAACAUAAUCCACAGAGACCCAAAAUCGAGGACGUCCUGCAGACGCUGACGGGCGCCAUGUCGCUGCUGCGCCGCUGCCGGGUCAACGCCGCUCUCACCAUCCAGCUCUUCUCACAGCUCUUCCACUUCAUCAACAUGUGGCUGUUCAACAAACUGGUGACGGACGCCGACUCAGGACUGUGCUGCCACUACUGGGGCGCCAUCCUGCGGCAGCAGCUGAGCCACAUCGAGUCCUGGGCCGAGAAGCAGGGCCUGGAGCUGGCUGCCGACUGCCACCUCAGCCGCAUUGUCCAGGCCACCACCCUGCUGACCAUGGACAAAUACUCCACGCAGGACGUCCAGAACAUCCACAACACCUGCUUCAAGCUGAACUCGCUCCAGCUGCACGCCCUCAUGACCAACUACCGCUGCGCCCAGGACGAGCCCUACAUCCCGCCCGACCUGAUAGACCACGUGGUGGCGGUAGCGGAGAACACGGCGGACGAGCUGGCGAGGAGCGACGGCCGAGAGGUGCAGCUGGAAGAGGACCCGGACCUGCAGCUGCCCUUCCUGCUGCCGGAGGACGGCUACUCCUGCGACGUGGUGCGGCACCUUCCCAACGGGCUGCAGGACUUCCUGGAGCCGCUGCUGCAGAGGGGUUUCUGCAGACUAACUCCUCAUCCUCGCUCUCCUGGUACCUGGACCAUCCACUUUGAAGGAGCCGACAACGACAACCACUUUUCUGCUGCCGACAACACUGAAAUGCCAAUGAGGAAAGAGCCGGAGGUUGUCACGGUAACCCUGAAGAAGACCAACGGCAUGGGCCUCAGCAUCGUGGCCGCCAAGGGUGCCGGACAGGAGAAACUCGGCAUUUACAUCAAGUCUGUUGUGAAAGGCGGAGCGGCGGACAAGGACGGCCGUUUGGCAGCAGGUGACCAGUUGCUGAGCGUUGAUGGACGCAGUCUGGUCGGUCUGUCGCAGGAGAGAGCUGCAGAGCUGAUGACGCGGACGGGCUCUGUGGUGACUCUGGAGGUGGCCAAGCAGGGAGCCAUCUACCACGGCCUGGCGACGCUCCUCAACCAGCCCAGCCCCAUGAUGCAGAGAGCGUCGGACCGCGGCCGCGAUAAGAACGGGAAGAUGCGUCCGAAGAGCGAGGGCUUCGAGCUCUACAACAACGCCGUGCAGAACGGCGACCCGGAGAGUCCACAGCCCGGUUGGGACUCGUACGCAGAACCAAAGAAGAUGAGUGGAGAGGACCGGCUUCUGAAGAACCGGGCCGACCACCGAUCGAGCCCCAACGUAGCCAAUCAGGGCCAGAGUCCUGCGACCAAGUCGGCUUAUCCUGGAGGACCGGGAACCAAGAUCACCUCCGUUUCCACCGGGAACCUCUGUGCAGACGACGAGCCGUCCCCGCCCCGGCCGGAGGCCUACCCCAUCCCCACCCAGACCUACCCUAGGGAGUAUUUUACCAUCCCGGCCUCCAAGAGCCAGGACCGGGUGGUGGGUCCGGGGCAGGGGCCCCCGCAGCACUGGCAGGGCAUGGAGGACAGAGAGCACCUCCCUGUGGUCGACAACAUCCACAACAGCAUGCAGAGGAUUAAUCACUCCCAGGAAGAUCUGUACCCUCCGGUGGGAAUGAUGAGGCCUGAUGAGCGGAUGCAGCCGCUCUACCCACAGGACUACCAGCACCGGGAUUUGGACUACCAGCACCGGGAUUUGGACUACCAGCACCGAGGUCCGCCAGGAGGUGUGGGAGCUCCGCUGGACCACUGGACGCCUCAGCCGCAGGUUUCCUCUUCGCUGGAGUCCUCGACAUCCAGCCAGGAGCAGCUCAACUUCUCUGCUUCCUCCACGUCUUCAAACAAGGGCCAGAACCAGAAGACCGGGCCGGGCCGGUGGAAGACGCCGAACACGCCUCACAUCGUUCCGCCGCACUCGGUGCAGCCGCCGUCCCGCUCCGACCUGCCGCCUCCUCCGCCGCCACCGCCUGCCGUCUACCCCGACCCCUACGAUCCGCAACCGGAGCUGCCGCCGCCCCCGCCCGCCACCAUCAGCCCGGUGACGGCCCAGCAAGCCGCCGACCGCAGGAAACGGGAGGAGCAGCAGCGCUGGUAUGAGAAGGAGAAAGCCCGGCUGGAGGAGGAAAGAGAGAGGAAGAGGAGGGAGCAAGAGAGGAAGCUGGGUCAGAUCCGGGCCAACCCAGUCAUGCCCGUCCAGCCCCAUAACAACGGUGGAGCCAUGCCUCCUCCUCAUCACCAGCCGCCCAUGGCCUCCAUGGCGCCGCCCCAGCCUUACCACGCCCCGCAGCCGCAGCCGCCACCGCCACCUUCCAGACCGGAGAAGCUGUCCAGCCUGCCGCGCUCCGCCGUGCUGCCGCCCGCCGCCGCCACCUCUGCCGCCAUGGACACGGUGAUCAGGGAGCUGCUUCCACAGCAGCAGCCGCGGACCAUCGAGCGGCGCGACCUGCAGUACAUCACCAUCAGCAAGGAGGAGCUGUCCACCAGCGACAGCCUGUCUCCGGAUCCCUGGAAGAGAGACGCCCGCGAGAAGGCCGAGAAGCAGCAGCAGCUCCACAUUGUGGAUCUGCUGGACAAAGAAAUCCAGGAGCUUCAGGCGAAACCAGAGCGAACAGCGGAGGAAAGCGACCGACUCCGGAAGCUGAUGCUGGAGUGGCAGUUCCAGAAGCGACUGCAAGAGUCCAAACAGAGCGACGAAGACGAGGAGGAGGAGGACGAUGAGGACAUGGACGCCAUGCUGAUCAUGCAGAGGCUGGAGGCCGAGAAGAGAGCCAGGCAGCAGACUGCUGUCCCAGCUAUCUCUGUUCUAGACUUGUUGCAGGACGAGGAGCGGCGGCGCAAGCAGCAGCUGGAGGAGAUUCGGAAGAGGGAGGCGGAGGAGCGGGUGAAGCAGGAGGAAGAGAGGAGGUGGAGGGAGGAGGAGAGAGUCAAGAGAGAGGCGGAGGAAAAGAGGAGACAGGAGGAGGAGUACUACACACGUCUGGAGGCCGAGCGGCGGCGGCAGCACGAGGAAGCAGAGAGAAAGCUGCUGACGCCCGAUGAGCCGGCCGGUCUGUAUCGGCCCCCGCUGCCUCGGGAUUACAACCCUCCCGCCCCCCACAACCCUACUAACACCCCCCCGCCCCCACCACAGAGAAACACUUCCUACCUCAAAACACAGGUCAUCUCGCCCGACACGCUCUACACAGCCAAAUUCGUCUCGUACGCGGGCGACGACGAAGAUGAGGAGGAAGCCUACUCGGCAGGGAGCGGCGGCCAAUCAGGGUUUAACUCGCACACUGGAAACUCGACAGGAGUUGUAGGAUCAGGAGAGUUCUACAACGACCCGCGAGACAAAUGGACAAAGAGUCAGGAGCAGGAGAAUUCGAUCCCCAGCGACGCUCCGGAGAGUUUGACCUUUAAGGAGCGCCAGCGCCUCUUCUCUCAGGGGAAAGAGGUUUCCAACAAGGUCAAAGCUUCCCGGAAACUGAUGGAACUGGAGAACGAGCUCAACACCAAGCAGUAGGCUACCCAGCGCCGCCUUAAAUCCACCUUAAGGAGGUCCUGGGAAACGUCCAGAUGGAGCAAAGCGGCGCUCUGAGUACCACUGACAGCCUCCUACCGGUUCUGAUUUUUAUUUUUAUUUCGAGAUAACUGGACCAUUCACCUUUUAUUUUUAUGACGUAGCGGUAUCGUUGGAACAUGGCAGACGGUUCUAGUUUCAGAUUCGUCUAAGUCUAUCAGCUACAUAAUAAUGAAGCACUGUAAAAAAGUUUUAAUUAUAUCUGAUUAGAGAAACACAACAAACGGGGGAUAUAUUUUUGUUUGUAAAAUGGUUCUUGGGGGAUUUAGAAAGAUUUAUUGUCGUUUAAAUUUUUUUUAAAUAGCUUCCUGAAAUAUGAACAAUUUUAUCAUAUUUUACUCUCUUUUUUUGUUGUUUUAUCUUUCAGUUCCUUCUUGCCAGCAGAAAGAAACAUAUUUUAUUAAUUUUAUCCAUUUUUUAUUUUAUUUUAAAGAUUAAAUUCUCAAUGAGAGGAAACACUGUUUUUUCACUCGGUAGCGACAGAGAGCGGAUUUCUUUCGUUUUUGUGACGUCUUAAGAGGAACUGGAGGAUGGUAAAGGGGUCUGUAAGUGCACAACUUUACUGUAAAUAUUCCGGUCCAUAACUGUCUCUUUUUACUACUGUGGAAACCUUCCAGGAAACUAAAGAAAACCGGAACGCUUCCGUGAUUAACUUUGAAUUUUCAAUUCAGAAAACCCAACAAACCUCUCGUUUUCAGUGUCCCCCCUCCCCACCUGGUUUCCGAAUGUUGAGUUUUAGGUUCUUUUAAAGGUAGUUUUUUGCCGAGUUGUGUGAAAUUAAUUUGAUUUGUUCCCCAAAUUCAAUUCAGAAACACUUCCACUCGAAAUGUGAUUAGUGUUCACAAUAUUAGUAAAGGAAGAAGAGCUUCUCUUCGAAUGCUUGUUUGCUUUACAGGUAUUUAUUUCAAACCUUGUAGGAAAAAGUAAAACAUACAUGCACAUAUUUUAGUAUUUACUCUGUAUCUGCAGACCUUUUUAUUCCAGAGAAGUGGAUAAUAUUUGGGACCUCUUGACUGUGGUAAUCUUUUUUCACAGAGAGCUUCAGCGAAACGUGACGGUUUCACAUAGUAAACGGUUUCCCAAAGUGUCGACACUCUUCAGCUGAGCUUUAAACUCUGAGUGACUCCAUCCUGUGUGAACGGAUCUUAUUUUUUUUUCAUUGACUGGAGAUGAAACUGAUUCUACGUGACGAUGAGAUAAAAUGCUGUUAGUAACCGACCUGUAGAAUCACUACAAGCAUUUCCUCCUCGACUUCUCCCUCUAGGUUUCAAAAUGAACUGAAUCAUUUAAAUGGUUUCAUGUUUAGCCUUUUGUAAAUCAUUAAUAAAUACAGAUUUUUCAACAA